CACAACAGUUGGCACGCAGACAAGGGGCCUCAGUGCGCCCAAGUUGUGGCUCCCUGGCUGGCAGGCGAAAACAAAUCACUGGCCCUCUUCGAGUUCAACUUAAACGACCGCCGCUUCGAUGGCAACGUGAGCGUGCUUCGGCCCGCAGUCGAAGUCUGAGGGAGGUGGUGGGAGGGGGGCUUUGUCGAUGCGGUGGAGUGGAGCCGGUACGAGAUCCUCAAGGGGGGGCUUGAGUAGUCAGAUUGUCGCACUCCGGCCUCUCCACUGCGAGUGCGGCUGGUAAAGUGGCCUCAUCCAGACGUCCUCUGCGCUGGCCGCGGAGAAGCCGACCGGGGCUUGAAGACACCACAUUGUGCGCAAGCCUCGCAGCAGUAACGAAGCCAUCAUGCCCAAGAAACGCGCGCCCAAGGGCCGGAAGCUGACGCUGAAGCAGGCCAAGGCAGCCGUGCACAGCACCCCCGACGGGAAGAAGCGCCUCAACCUCAGCAACGCGGGCCUCGCCACCUUCCCCAAGUGCCUCCUCAAGCUGAGCGACGUCGACGAGCUGGACCUCAGCCGCAACGCGCUCCGCGUCCUCCCGCCCUCCAUCGGCAAGUUCGUCAACCUCCGCUCGCUCGACGUCCACAGCAACCGGCUCGAGAGCCUGCCCGAGUCGCUGGGCCAGCUGAGCGGCCUGCUGCACCUCAACGCUUGCAACAACCGGCUGGCUACACACGGCCUCCCCGAGGGCCUUGCGCAGCUGCAGAAGCUGCGCACCCUCAACCUGGGCCUCAACGAGCUGGACAGCGUGCCGCGCUGGCUGGGCCACCUCCGGGAGCUCACCGACCUGGGUCUCUUCGACAACGCCAUCGUGGGCCUGCCUGAGACCGUGGCCAAACUGCCCAAGCUCCAGAAGCUCAACGUGAAGCGAAACCCGCUUGCGCUGGCCCCGCCGGAGACGGGCGGCGGGCCGGUUGGGGGCGAGCCAAGCCCCGAGGAGGCGUCCCUGCUGCUGGUGCACGAGUCGGAGGUGUGCAAGCCUUGCCUGGCCUCGUGCCAGGAGGAGAGGGCACGUAGGGCCGGCCUGCUCAAGAACACCAACAAGGGGUCCAACCGCGGGGUGGGAAGGUUUUCCGGGCUCAUAACGCCCAACUCCGUGGCGAAAGAGACGCAAACUGCCUGGAGAUGAAGCGUUUUUCGGCUACGGCGUCACCUCAGGGAUAUGGGCGACGUUGGAGAUGGAAGUUUAGAGAGGGGUGUUUUUUCACGGGGUACUUUGAGAGCAGCAGCAAGACGCAGAAGUGUUACAGCAGAGCGAAGUUAACCUUGUCCCUGCAAAGCCACCUACUUCUCUAGAUUUAGCCGAUUAAUUAAAUAACUUACACUUAACUCGGCGUUCACCAAGAACACAAAAUUAGCCAGAUUGGAUUGUUACACACAUUUUUACUUGAAAGUGAAAUGUUUUAAUUUCAAUAGAUUUUUAAGGGAAUGUACAUGCCAUAGAGUAACAGUUUUACACUUAGGUGGGUAAAAAUUAAUGGACAACAGACCAUCAUUUAAACUGCCCAAGCCAAUAAGAAAAAUACAUCUGGACAGUGAUACCAAUGUUUUUUCCGUCACUGACAAAAAAUAAACUCCCGAUUCAGGAAAACCCCAA